AAAUGGGUGAUGGCAUUGAGGAGGGCACUUGUUGGGAUGAGCACUGGAUAUUGUAUGUACGUGAUGAACCACGGGAAUCUACCCCAAAAACUGAGAGCACACUUUACACACUGUAUGUUAGCCAAUUUGACAAUAAAUUAUAUUUAAAAAAAAUGAGGCAGAUGAAUAAACAGACAAUUGCAAUACAAUGUAAGUAUUGUGGUAGAGGUAGGCACACAGUAGCCCCUAUUCCACACUGUGUGUGUGUGUGUGCGUGCGUGUGUGUGUGUGCGUGUGUGUAUGUGCGUGUGUCUGUCUGUCUGUCUUGUAUUAGUGGUGGGGAGAAUAAACAAGGAAGGCUUCUGAGAAAGAUUAUAUCUAAGUUAGAUCCAGGGCUAGGGUGAGGCAAGUGAGGCUUCUAAGGCAAACAUUUAAUAAAGCACUUAUUCUCAGAUUCAUGGAAAGUACAGGUGGGCACCAGAGUGUGAAUGCCUCCUUAAAUUUUGUACCCUAAGUGCCUCAUCUGCCUCUUUUCUGUUUUGGUCCUGAUCUGAGUUGAAUUUCUAAAGGAUGAAUGAGAAUUAAAGAGGGGAGAGAAAACACAUAAAAAAGGCACAGUUGAGGGGAGUGAGAUUAUCUCUCUUGAUACUGGAGGACAUUGAAUGUGACUGGAAAGAGUAGGGAGGAGUCAGAGAUUAAGACCUAGAGAUUGCAUAAAGGCUAAGUUAGAGUCUUGGCAGGUAAUAAAAGUGAGAAAAGCAGGCUGGAUAUAGGAUGCAAUUGAUAUUCUGUCUCUGUGACUUGGUAAUGAGAGGUAGGGCUGUGGUGAACAAAAAAAGACAUGCUCCAUCUAAGAGCAGCAUCUUUGACUGGGUUCCAGUGAUUGUUUCUACCUAAAAUAUUUGGGUCUACAUUGCCAUAAUCUCUUAUUUUUUUCCAGAAAGUGACACCCAUAUAUUUUAUGCCUAGUAUUAAGUGCCACCAGUAAAUUAAAAUUGAAAACACAGCAAACCAAACAAAACAUACCUGUUGGCCGAACACACUGCAUGGGUUUGUGAUGCUGUUGCCUGGGUUAGACAAUAAGGGGCCUGGAAUACCUCAUGAAAUAUUUUGGAUUGUAUCCUGAAGCUUAUGGGGAGUAAUACCCAAAUGGCAAAUGAUCAAGCAGGAGACCUAGGCAGAUACCCAAAAGAUUUGCUUUAACCUUAAAAACUCUGAGUAUUAUCUGGUAGACCUCACCAGAUAUAUUAUUGUGUUUCAUGUGUUGUUAAUUUUAACCAUUCUAACAGGUAUGCAGUAGUAUGAUACAGUGGUUUUGAUUUGUAUGUCUCUGAUGAUGAGUGAGCAUCUUGUCAUGCAUCUGUUAGCCAUCUGGAUGUCUUUCUUGGAAAAGUGCCUAUUCAUAUUGUCUGCCCAUUUCUUAACUGGAUUAUUUGUUUUCUGGGUGUUGAAUUUGUUAAAAUCUGUAAAGAUUUUGGAUAUUAACCCUUUAUCAGAUGUCAUUUGCAAAAAUUUUCUUCCAUUACUUACCCUGCCUUUUAGUUUUGUUGAUCAUUUUGUUCCCUGUGCAGAAAGAAGCUUUUUAUCUUGUUGAAAUCCCACUAGUUCAUGUUUGCUUUUGUUUCCCUUGCCUCUGGUGAUGUGUCUUGUAAGAAGUUGCUAUGACUGAGGUCAAAGAGGUCGCUGCUUGUAUUCUUCUCUGGGGUUUUGAUGGUUUUCUGUCUCACAUUUAGGUCUUUCAUCAAUUUUGAAUUUAUUUUUGUUUAUGGUGUAAGAAAGUGGUUCAGUUUCAUUCUUCUGAAUGUUGCUGUCUAGUUGUCCCAACGCCAUUUGUUGAAGAGACUGUCUUUUUACAAUUGGAUUCUUUUUCCUGCUUUGUCAAAAAUUACUUGAUGAUACAGUUUUGGGUCUAUUGCUGGGUUCUCUAUUCUGUUCCAUUUGUCUAUGCGUCUGUUUUGGUGCCAGUACCAUACUGUCUUGAAGAUUAUAGCUUAAUAAUAUAACUUGAAAUAUGGAAUCAUGAUGUCUCCAGUUUUAUUUUUCUUUUACAAUAUUGCUUUGACUAUCCAGGGUCUUUUGGACUUCCAUACAAAUUUUAGGAUUGUUUGUUCUAGCUCUGUGAAAAAUGUUGGUGGUAUGCUGAUGGAGAUUGCAUUAAAUGUGGAUUGCUUUGGGUAGUAUAAACAUUUUAACAAUGUUUGUUCUUCCAAACCAUGAGAAUGGAAUACUUUUCCAUUUAUUUGUAUUAUCUUCAAUUUGUUUUAUAAGUGUGCUAUAGUUUUCACUGUAAAGAUUGUUUACCUGUUUGGUUAGGUUUAUUCCUAGGUUUCUAAUUGUUUUUGGUACAAUUGCAAAUGGGAUCAAUUCCUUGAUUUCUUUUUCUACUGCUUUGUUAUUGGUGCAUAGAAAUGCAACUGAUUUCUGUAUGUUGAUUUUAUAUCCUGUGACUUUGCUGAAUUCUUGUAUUCGUUCCAGAAAUUUUUUGAUGGAGUCUUUUAGGUUUUCUACAUAGAGUAUCAUGUUGUAUGUAAAUAGUGAAAGUUUGUCUUUUUUCUUUGAUUUGGAUGCCUUUAAUUUCUUUGUUGUCUGAUUGCUGAGGCUAAGACUUCCUUGUUAAAUAAUACUGGUGAGAGUGGACAUCCUUGUCUUGUUCCUGAGUAUAGGGGAAAUGAAAAGCUCUUAAUUUCUCCCCACUGAGGAUGAUAUUAGCCUUGGAUCUUUCAUAUAUGGCCUUUAUGAUGUGGAGGGUUUUUAAUCAAGAAUGGAUGCUGUACUUUGCCAAAUGCUUUUUCUGCAUCUAUUGAGAGGAUCAUAUAAUUAUAAUCCUUUCUAUUAUUAAUAUGAUGUAUCACAUUGGUUGAUUUGUGAAUAUUGAACCAGAACUGCAGCCCAGGGAUAAAUCCCACUUGAUCAUGGUGAAUAAUUCUUUUAACGUACUGUUGAAUUUGAUUUGCUAGUAUCUUGUUGAGAAUUUGUACAUCCAUGUUCACCAGGGAUAUUAGCCUGUAAUUCUCCUUUUUGUGAGGUCUUUGUCUGGUUUUGGAAUGAAGGUAAUGCUGGCUUAUAGAAUGAGUUUGUAAGUUUUCCUUCCUUUUAUAUUUUUUGGAACAGUUUGAGAAGAAUAGGUAUUAACUCUUCUUUCAGUGUCUGGUAGAUUUCCUCUGAGAAGCCAUCUGGGCCUGGAAUUUUGUUUUUUGGGAGAUACUUUAUUACUGAUUCAGUUUCUUUGCUGGUAAUGGGUCUGUUCAAAUUCUCUAUUUCUUCCUGUUUCAGUUUUUGGUAGUUUCUAGGUUUCCAGGAAUUUACCCAUUCCUUCCAGGGUGCCCUGUUUAUUGGCAUAUAAUGUUUUAUCAUAUUGUCUUGUAAUUGUUUGUAUUUCUGUGGUGUUGUUUAUGAUCUCUCCCCUUUCAUUCAUGAUUUUAUUUCUUUAGGUUCUUUCUCUUUUCUUUUUUAUAAGUCUAUCUAGGGGUUUGUGAAUUUUAUUAAUUCUUUAGUAGAACCAGCUCUUAGUUUCAUUGAUCUUUUCUACUGGUUUUGUUUGUUUCUAUAUUGUUUAUUUCUGCUCUAUUCUUUAUUAUUUCACUUUAGGCUAGCUUUAGGCUUUAUUGACUGUUCCCUUUCUAGUUCCUUCAGGGGUAAGGUUAGGUUGUGUAUUUGAGACCAUUCUUGCUUCUUGAAGUAGAUUUGUAUUGCAAUAUACUUCCCUCUUAGGAUUGCCUCUGCUGCAUAAUAAAGGUUUUGGACUGUAGUGUUUUCAUUUUAUUUUGCUUCUAUGCAUUUUUAAUUUCCUCUUUAAUUUCAUGGUUAACUCAUUCAUUCUUUUUUUUUUUAAUUUUUUUAACGUUUAUUUAUUUUUGAGACAGAGAGAGACAGAGCAUGAACGGGGGAGGGUCAGAGAGAGAGCGAGACACAGAAUCUGAAACAGGCUCCAGGCUCUGAGCCAUCAGCACAGAGCCUGACGCGGGGCUUGAACUCACGAACCGCGAGAUCAUGACCUGAGCCGAAGUCGGACGCUUAACCGACUGAGCCACCCAGGCGCCCCAACUCAUUCAUUCUUUAGUAGGAUGUUCUUUUACCUCUGAAUCCUUCAAGGAAUUUGCUGAAUUGCUCAAUGAAGUAGAAAAUGAAAGGAUGAUGAUGGUACACAAUGCUAGUGAUUUGCUGAUUAAACCCCUGGAAAAUUUUCGGAAGGAGCAAAUAGGCUUCACCAAGGAACGGAAAAAGAAAUUUGAAAAGGAUGGUGAAAGAUUUUAUUCCUUGCUGGAUCGGCACUUACAUCUGUCUUCCAAAAAGAAAGAAUCUCAGUUACAAGAGGCAGACCUCCAGGUGGACAAAGAGAGGCAUAAUUUCUUUGAGUCCUCCCUUGAUUAUGUUUAUCAAAUCCAGGAAGUUCAGGAGUCUAAGAAGUUCAAUAUUGUGGAGCCAGUCUUGGCCUUUCUUCAUAGCCUCUUCAUUUCCAACAGCUUGACUGUAGAGCUCACACAGGAUUUUCUCCCAUACAAACAGCAGCUCCAGCUCAGUUUGCAGAAUACAAGAAAUCAUUUCUCCAGUACUCGGGAAGAGAUGGAAGAACUUAAGAAAAGGAUGAAAGAAGCUCCCCAGACAUGCAAACUUCCAGGACAGCCAACCAUCGAAGGCUAUCUCUAUACACAAGAGAAAUGGGCUUUGGGAAUAUCCUGGGUCAAAUAUUACUGCCAGUAUGAGAAAGAGACCAAAACGCUCACCAUGACACCUACGGAGCAGAAGCCAGGUGCUAAGCAGCAGGGGCCCUUGGACUUAACGCUGAAGUACUGCGUGAGGAGGAAGACAGAGUCUAUCGACAAAAGGUUCUGUUUUGAUAUAGAAACUAAUGAAAGGCCAGGAACCAUAACUUUGCAAGCUCUUUCGGAAGCUAACAGAAGGCUAUGGAUGGAAGCCAUGGAUGGAAAAGAACCUAUAUACCACAGCCCCAUAACAAAACAGGAAGAAAUGGAGCUGAAUGACAUAGGGUUCAAGUUUGUUAGAAAGUGCAUCAAUGUCAUUGAGACAAAAGGGAUCAAGACAGAAGGAUUGUACCGUACUGUGGGCAGCAAUAUCCAGGUUCAGAAGCUGCUGAAUGCCUUUUUUGAUCCUAAAUGUCCAGGAGAUGUUGAUUUUCAUUAUAGUGACUGGGACAUUAAGACAAUUACCAGCUCCUUGAAAUUCUACCUCAGGAAUCUUUCUGAACCUGUCAUGACCUACAGACUUCACAAAGAGCUGGUCUCUGCUGCCAAGUCUGACAACCUGGAUUACCGGCUGGGAGCUAUUCAUUCCUUGGUAUAUAAGCUACCUGAAAAGAACCGAGAGAUGCUGGAACUUAUUAUAAGACACUUGGUCAAUGUAUGUGAGCACAGCAAAGAUAAUCUUAUGACCCCCUCUAACAUGGGGGUGAUCUUUGGGCCCACUCUGAUGAGAGCUCAGGAGGACACUGUUGCUGCCAUGAUGAACAUCAAAUUCCAGAACAUCGUGGUGGAAAUCCUAAUUGAGCACUUUGUCAAGAUCUAUUCAGGUCCACCUGAAGAAAGUGCUACACCUCCAGUGCCUCCACCUCGAGUGACAGCAAGAAGGCACAAACCAAUCACAAUUUCAAAGCGCUUGUUGCGAGAAAGAACAGUUUUUUAUACUUCUUCUGUGGAUGAAAGUGAAGAUGAAAUCCAACAUCAAACACCCAAUGGUGUUAUCACCAGCAGUAUAGAACCCCCCAAGCUACCACAAUACCCCAAACUGCCUAUUCAGAGGAGUGGGGAAGCUGAUACUGAGAGGCAGUCCCCAAGCAGGCUUGUUUCAGAUGGCAAGUUGGAGUCCUGUCCUGAAGUGGAUGUGGGGAAGCUGGUGUCUAGGAUGCAAGAUGGAGGAACCAAGGCCAUAUCAAAGGCCACCAAUGGACCUGUGCCAGGCUCUGGGCCCACCAAAGCACCCUCUUUCCAAAUAAAGAGACCAGCUCCUCGUCCCCUGACUCACCACAAGGAGGGAGACUCUGACAGUUUCAGCAAAGUGCGGCCUCUAGGAGAAAAGCCAACCAUUGUCCGUCCUCCAGUGAGGCCUCCAGAUCCUCCGUGCCGGGCAGCUACUCCCCAAAAGCCAGAACCAAAGGCAGAUAUUGUGGUUAGCAAUGCAGGGGGAAUCUCAUCGUCUGUGGUGGCUUCCAGGACCAGGUUCUUUGAAACAGCUUCCCGAAAAACAGGAAGUUCUCAAGGAAGACUUCCUGGAGAUGAGAGUUGAGGCCUCAGGUUUUGAAAUCCUUGGUCUCAGAGGAUCCUCCACAGGUUCUGGAAGGGUCUUCUUCAAACCCUUGUGUGUUGAGUCAUUUUGUGCUGAGGAGAGCAGCUUCUUCCUGGCCUUGCACCUUCAGGCUCUAGGAUGCUAUAAAAUAAGGGGCACAUGUCUUAGACACAGGUUUAUUUCUCCUAUGUAUUCUGUCUUCAUUCCCUCUGAAGAUCUAUGUUGAGCUACUAUAUGACUGUGAAUGGCUGAACACCCUCAAGCCAGACUGCAGAAACCAAGCUAUCUACUGACCUGAGUUGAAGAAAGGACCUUAGUUUUCAGCUCUUCUCUGAAUUUUACUGCCUCCUCAGAAGACCAUGGAACUCUGAAAGAUUUUGGACUAAAGACUGAUCUCAGAGGUCUUACCCUAAAGUAGAAGCUACUUGAGUUGGGGGCCAUUGCCCAUUGUAGAAGAGUAGGAAUGUUUGCUGAACAUUGGAGAAUAUUAACAUGUCUCUAACUAAGGAUAAGGAGGCUGGUACUAGGUUGGAGUUCUGGCACUGCAGUAUAUUACCAAGAACCUGUCUGCUCCUAUUGGGCCAGACAGCAUGAGUGAUGCCAAACACAACCUCUACAUGUGGACUCAAAAAGUGGCCUUCCUGUUUUUACAUAUAGCCACAUAGGACAAAUCUACAAAGAAUAUUUUGCAUGUUGAAGCCUAGGUUUUUUUGAGUUAUUUUUCCUGUUUUUUUUUUCCUGACAGCUUCAUUUCCAAACAAGAAAGAUACAAAAGCUGAAAAAUAGUUCUUUUAAAAAUGCAGGCUGUAUUUGUCCUGCACGAGUUCCAUUCCUGGGUCAAAUACUGGGAAAAAUUGUUAAGAUGGAUUGAGUCCAGGCAGCUGGCACUAUUGCUUCAUGUUUGCCUUAUACAGAUAAGCAAGCUCUUUUAUCUCCUCCAAGAAACAACUCCUAUCCCAGUGUCCGUGGAUUCAGAAACUCCACGAAGCUUCUGAAAUGGUAUGCAGAACUCCAUGACAAUGUGCCUUUUCUGGGGAGAUGGUCCAUAGCAUUCUACUGAAUUUCAGAUGGACCUGUGACCCGAUAAAGGUUAAGAACCACAGCACUUGAGAUAAAAGAUUCUAUUUACAACCCAUAAAGUAUAUGAUUGGAAGAGCCUUCCAAAAUUAUUUAUUCUAACUGCCUAAUUUACCUUUGGAGAAACUGAAACAAUGCAAGUUAUUAGCCAGGCCUAAACAAGAUCCUAGGUCCCUGGGUUCCCGUGCAAGUUUCUUUCCAUUUUACAACACUUGUCUUUAUGAUUGGUGGCUUUAGUGGUCAUCAUUUUGAGUGUUUGGUUUUUACCCUCUUUACUGAAUCCCACAUAUUUUUCAUCAAGUGGAAAACUUUAAGACAUAAGCUCCUGGUGUUCCAUUUGCCAUCUCAGUCAUUGGAAAAGUACUAAAACACAACUGGUUUAUUGAGUAGUCAAAAAUCUGAGUAAACAUCUCUGAGUCUUGUUUGUUGAUGGGAGGCUGCUGGAGAAAGUGUCAUUGCUUGUGUUCCCAUGCAGGUGUCUAGACCAUAGCCUGUCUUUAGAGUCUGUAUAUUUAUAAUGUGACCAAGUGUGACAGAAAGGAUUUUCCUACUUGGACCCUUCUAGCAAGACCCUGACUAUGGAACUGAGAGAGAAGCAUAGACAUGGGUGGGAAGAGGGGAAGGAGAGAAGGAAGGAGAGGGAGAUGGAUGAAGGGGAAAAGAGAGAAACACACAUUCUCAAACCGACUCUGAGAUGCCUUUGAAACAGUGUUACUGAAAGGUGAUAGUCACUUUCAAGACUGAACUCAACAUGGUUUAUUGGUGAAUUAGUAACAUGUAGGCUAAACACACUGAUAGCCUUGUGGAAGUUAUUGAGUGGAAACUUGAUGCCAUUCCCAAUAGACAUGCCCAAGUAGCCACAUAAAACUCUCUCAGCUCUACCCAGUCUCAAAGACCAAGUUAAUAAGAACCAGUAGCAAGAAAGCCAAGUAGCCAUCAUUCUACCUGCUACUCACCCCCAAAGGAAUUUUCUGUGAGACUACUGGCCUCACCCAGGAAGUUCUUGUUGAGCCCUGGUCUCAGAGCUGUGGCGUCUUUGUUCUGCCCCCAUUAGAUGAAUGAUUAAAGCAAGCGGGUGUGUAGAUUUUGGCCACAUAUUGAAAGAUUAUUGAGAACCAGAGAAAGCCACUGCAGUCCCAGUUGAAUAGGUGUCCUAGAAAUGUGACCAUGAGAUUGCUGUGUGUUUUCUGGGACAUAUAUAGAUCAAGACCCUGAGCUAGAAAGUUGGGACCACCAGUAUGGCUGGAUGUCAGGAAGCAGUAACUGGAUAGCUCUGCCCCUGCCCUAGUCUAUACCCAAAGAAUGCCCCCAAAUGAACCUCAGAGCCUCCUCUUUUGCACUCUGAUUUAAAGAGCAAAAACUUUUGUGGUGAGGCACACCAUCAUGGAAUGAAACUGUCUUGGCUCAGGCUUAAUGGAUGAAUAGUCAUUCAGAAGAGGCUAUUGGAAUGGGAUGAUAAUUGAAGAGUGACAACUAUAGGAAAUUACCUACAUACCUUGGCCAGAAGGUUAGAUAAACUGUCAGUGGAUGAACUGUAAAUCUUGAACUGACAGUAAUAACAUUUAUUAAGCACCUACUAAGUUCUAAGUGCUUUAUAUACAUAAUCUCCUUUGUCCUUACAACAAUCAUGCAGAGAUGCUAUUCUCCUCAUUUUACAGAUAAAAGAUUUAUGGCCCAGGAGGCUAAAGUAACUGGCUCAAAUUCACACAGAAAGUAAAUGACAGGACCGUGGCUUGAAAUCCAGGCCUCUCUGACUCCAUGCUGGUUUCCCUUUGUCACAGAGAAGCUACAUUACUGGAAUUGGCAUGACUCUAUGACUUUUUCUCCCUAAUAAAAUAUUAGAAGGCCAGAAUUUGAGGGGAAUUUGGGGAUGCAGGUCUAGUUUACAGGGGAACAAAAACUGAGCCGAAAGAGAUUUCUGAGUUGGGCUUUCUCCUCACCUUCCAUUUAUGCAUUCUGUAAUGUUUUUAAAAGGAUCAUUCAAUUUAACCUUGUGAAAUGAAUGGUUUACUUUUUAGUUGGUAGUUGUUGAGUCCUUGGCUUAGCUGUUUUUCAAAGGAAAAAGGAUCCUUGUAUGUGUCUAUGUACUUUACCAAGGCUGUAGCAUGUGUAUUUUCAGUCCAAGAGAUUGGAGAUAUCCACACAGACAGUUUAAGAAUCAAAAAAGGUAUUUGUGGCUCUCUGGUACUUAUUACCUUGGGGUAAAAUCGUUACAACGUUUUCUGUGGUGAUCGCAAAAUUAAGAGGUAGUGUAGAAUAAGAAAUGUUAUUGAAGUUUUUGCUUAAAAAAUGUGGGGAGGUUGUCCAGCUACAGGAUGUGGAUGUAAAAUUCAGCAUCUGAUUUCAGUAAUGAAACAGUGUCAUAUAGAGUAUAAAAUAACUGGUUUUGUGGGAAAGGAUUCUUCCCUUUUCUAGAACUUCCUUGAUUAUGUAAUAACUAGAAUAGAGUAGAAGAAGAUGUAUCUCUGUGGCCAGAAAACACAUUGCUUUCAAAAGAACGUAGAUCAAUGAUAUUAGUUUUAACGUAGCUGCAAGCAAAUGGCCUUGACACAUUACAAUCCCCAAAAGCUUCAGAAGCAUGUAAAAAUUUCAGACGGAAGCAAGAUACCUUGAAAAGAUGUUUCUGAUGAAGAAGAAACCUUCAUUUUCAUGAAGCACUUGAUGCCAAGGACAUUAAUAGAUGCUAGAAAGACUGCCUAUGUGAAAUACAUAUAUAACAGACAAAAGAAGGAGGUCCUUGGGCCCAUUCAUGUGACUUUCAAUAAAAUAUGCAGACUCUUUA